GCGCCGAGUAAUGAUGUCACCAGUUCCCACUACAGCUUGUUUACUGGUGAAAAAGAAGGUCAAAGUCUUCAGGACAAAGGUGGAAAGUGCAAUUAACUGUGAGAAAGGAGCAGUCCAUGGAGCAGACCAGUCACCAGGAAGGAGUGGAGAUGGAUAAUAUCUUCGGCAGUUCUAUCCAAGGAGCUGGGCUCUUUGUGAUUGGAAUCAGCAUUAUCUUAUUAAUCCUAUAUGUGUUACAAGGGAGGCAAUUGGAGCCACCAUUAUCUGAUUCACAGAGGCUGCAGGCUCAGAAGAUCCCUCCAAAGGUUCACUUUAAAGGAACUCGUAUUGGUAAAGAGCUGAAGAAGAAGCGGAAAGUCUUGUGUGUUAAAAAGAGGAUUCGGAGAAGCCAGGUGGAAUCGCCUCCCAUACAUCACACCGACUGUUCUCCAUCUCAGCUCCGUAGCCCUCCAGCAGAGCCGAUGACCCCAACAUUGCCCCCUGAGGUGCUAUACAUGAUGAAGAGUGUUAGAGUGCUGGGUCACUUUGAGAGACCUCUCUUCCUUGAGCUGUGCCAACACGUGGUGUAUGAACAUUACCACCCUGGAUCUUUGGUUUUCUGCCCAGGACAACCUGACUCCAGUAUUUACAUUGUCCUGGAGGGAAGACUGGAGUUGUCCAUCACUGAUCCCGAUGGAACAAGGCAUAACAUGAAAAGUGUCGGACCAGGUGAUAAUGUGCACAGCCUCCUCAGUAUCUUAGAUGUGCUUACGGGCCACCAGCGACCGUAUCGUACUGUGACUGCCCAGGCUGUAGAAAAAAGUACUUUACUCCGUUUACCGGUCGAGGCAUUCAGUGCUAUCUUUAACAGCUACCCUCAGAGCCUGGUACGGACCGUGCAGAUUAUAGCACUCCGCCUGCAAAGGGUGACAUUUCUUGCCCUCCACCACUAUCUGGGUCUGACCAUAGAACUCUUCCAACAUGAACUUCAGGAUGAGCCUCUUCCUGAUUCACUCGGCCAGUCGGUGAAUGCUCGACGACCACCACUUUCAAGAAGUAAAACACAUGAUGAAAUCACAUAUACUCCUGCUACGUCCAAAAACAUACACAAGAGAGCACCGCCUCUCGGACUCUGCAAAUCUGUGUCUUUGGGAACUAGAAGAUCUACCUCUUUCUCUGGUUUAUGGCACUCUCUGGAUUGUGAGUUAGAGCAAUCACACACCCCUGUUUCUCUUGAGAACAGAGAGGUCCCUUCAUCACCCUCUUCUCUGGACUUCUACUCUGUGGAAUCUAAAGUAGAAAAUAUCCAGGAGAAGAUUGAAAGCGGCAAAAAACAGCUGGCAAAACUGAUGGACCUAGAGGAUGUGUCGUUAUUGGAUAACAGAGUAUCUCUGCAUUCUGUGAAGGCUGAUAUGGUUAUUGCACACCAGGGACAGCAGGGAGUGGGUCUGCACUUUGUGCUGUCUGGCUGUCUCCAUAUUUAUCAGGGUGUCAGUGGCCGCCAAGACUCCUGCAUUUUUGUGACGGGCUCAGGUGAGAUGAUUGGGCAGCUAACAGUCCUAACUGGAGAACCCCUGAUCUUCACUAUCAGAGCCUUUCAAGACAGCUCAUUUCUCUGCUUAAGCCGUGCUCACUUUUACCAGAUUGUGCGCUCUCACCCUACUGUCCUCCUUUCAGUUGCUCACUCCGUUGCCCGUCGAGUAUCUCCCUUUGUGCGUCAGGUGGAUUUUGCUAUUGACUGGAUUGGUGUAGAGGCAGGUAAAGAACUCUACAAAAUGGGAGACCCUUCUGAUUGUACUUACAUUACCCUGAAUGGUCGCCUUCGAUCUGUAAUCGAAUAUCCAGAUGGUAGAAAGUCUGUGGUUGGGGAGUAUGGCCGAGGACAGCUGAUUGGAAUGGUGGAGACCUUGACCCAUAAGCCAAGGGCCAAAUCUGUCUAUGCAGUACGAGACUCUGAACUGGCCAAAGUACCAGAUGAAGCUCUGUCCUACAUCAAGAGGAAAUACCCCCAGGUAGUAACAAGGCUGAUUCAUAUUUUAAGUCAGAAAAUAAUUGGUCAUCUUCAGCAACCUGAAGGAGAUGUCACAGAUCCCAGUAGUCUUGCCAGUAAUCUGUGCACAGUUUGUGUGCUACCCUGCAGUAAUACUGUCCCUCUCACUGCUUUCACAUUGGAGCUCAAACAUGCUCUAGACGUCAUUGGCCCGACAUUGGUUCUAACAAGUGAAAUCAUCAGGGUACAACUUGGUGCCUACGCCCUGGAAAGGAAAGUAUUCACGCAUGAAUGUCAGUUGUCCAGUUGGCUGGCCCAACAAGAAGACCUCCAUCGAAUUGUCCUAUACCAGACUGAGUCCACUCUCACACCAUGGACUAUCCGAUGCAUCCGCCAGGCAGACUGCAUUCUUUUAGUUGGUUUGGGGGAAGACGAGCCACAUCUGGGAAAUCUGGAGACAUUCUUUGAACAGUCCCCAAUUCGCGCUCUGAAACAGUUGGUCCUUCUGCACAGGAUGGAUGGUCCUUCUCCAUCUGGUACUGUUCAGUGGCUGAGGGAGAGGCCCUGGCUUUCAGGACAUUUUCAUAUCCGGAGCCCAAAACGCAUGUUCAUGCAGAAACCUCCGCAUAGAGUGUACGAGUUAUACACUAGGAUCCUGCAGCAGCACGCCAACCGUCACAGUGACUUCUCUCGUCUGGCGCGCGCCUUGACUGGAAACACCAUUGCUUUGGUUUUAGGAGGUGGUGGAGCCAGAGGCUUUGCGCAUGUUGGUGUGUUAAAAGCUUUAGAGGAGGCUGGUAUUCCAGUGGACAUGGUGGGUGGAACUUCUAUUGGGGCACUGGUUGGAGGUAUAUAUGCUGAAGAGCGAAAUAGCAGUCGAACAAGAGAGCGGACAAGUAAAUGGGCACAGAUGAUGUCUUCACUUCCCCAAACAGUUAUGGAUCUCACCUACCCAAUCGCCUCAUUCUUAACAGGCUCUACGUUCAAUGAUAUGUUGCACAAACUCUUUCGGGAGAGACAAAUCCAGGAUCUGUGGCUGCCAUAUUUCAGCAUCACGACAGACAUCAGCUCUUCUACAAUGCGAGUUCACAGAGAAGGCUGUUUAUGGCGUUAUGUUCGAGCCAGUGCCUCCUAUACCCCUUAUCUUCCUCCACUCUGUGACCCCCAGGAUUCCCACCUGCUCCUGGAUGGCUGCUAUGUGAAUAACCUGCCAGCGGACGUGGCUCAUUCCCUUGGAGCCCGCACUGUUCUUGCAAUUGAUGUUGGCCAGCAGAAAGAGUGGAACACAUGGAACUAUGGAGACAGCUUGUCUGGCUGGUGGCUGCUGUGGAAUAGACUUAACCCCUGGAGUGAAAAAGUCAAGGUUCCAGACAUGGCAGAGCUGCAGUCUCGCUUGUCCUAUGUCUCAUGCGUGCGUCAGCUGGAACAAGUAAAGCACAGUGGAUACUGUGAGUAUCUGAGUCCUCCGGUCCAGCGCUUCAACACUACAGAUUUCAACCGCUUCCAGGAGAUACAUGAUGUGGGUUAUGAGUAUGGAAAGCUUAUUUUUACUGAAUGGCACCGUGGUGAUCUCAUUGAGAAAAUGCUGAAGGAUAGAAGCACUGCUGAAUUUUAUCAGCAUCAAGAGCGUUCUGAUGAAGUUGUACCAGGAUUCACAGACCUGGCAGAAAUUGUCUCUCGUAUUGAACCUGCAGCGAGCCGAAAAUCAUUCCCAGAGCAGAAAAUAGCGGAGAACAUGCAUAGUGGUGACAAAGAUUUACCAUGGAAAGCGAGCAGAGAAUGUGAAACGGAUGAAGAGAAGACCUUAAGGAUGAGUCAAUGGAAAGGCCUAGCACAUCAAACUGUGACCUAGUGAAACCCUUUAUAAAUCCACUCUCUUACCCGUGUCUGUCAGUAUACUACAGACAUUGCUACAGCUAAUUUCUACAUUACAUUUUUUAUUUUAUUUUAUUUUUUUUGAUCAUAUUCAUGAUGAGAACUAUACCCAUGAGUGACACAAUCAUUAGAGAACGUUUGCCAGUAUUGGGUGCAAAUAAAAAUGUUCAUUGUUGCACAAAGCUUCCUCUCUCACUCUAGGGAGAAGCAGCUUUUAGGAAAGGUAGCUAAAAGUGAUGUUUCUGAACUCCAACAAUCUCAUAUUUGUUAAAGUGGAACUGUCAUUUUUCUUGAUUUUUUCUCUAUUAUCUUUACUUAAACU